AUGCUUCCCACUCGCACCAACGUGGCUGCUGGGAUCCCCAGCAGCAAAGUGAAAUACUCAAAGCUCUCCAGCACUGACACUGGGCACAUUAACCAUCAGAAGGAAACUUCGCCUACUGAAGCUAGCUUUAAAUCGAAAAGAUGUCCAGUGAGAUCUCACUUAUUAAAGUUUAAGAAAAACUCUACGAGGAUUCCUUAUAAGGCCAUUGUCUGUGCCACCGCGCAGUUUUUGAUUGGCGCCUUUCUCGUUGUCACGGGUUGCCUCCUGCUGGUAGGCUACAUCAGCAAAGUGGGCGCCAACCGGGCUGUUGCCGUUCUGAUUGUUGGCAUCCUGGUGUUUCUGCCUGGGUUUUACCACCUGCUCAUCGCUUACAGAGCGCACCGAGGCUGCCAGGGCUGCUCCUACAGGGACCUUCCGGACUGUGAUGACUAGCCCCCCCU